AUGAUAUUGCGAUUUGCUUUUGACCAAUCCACAAGGGAGUCAAACUCCUUCCUGGCUGCCACAGCCGAGCUGGACAGUGUCACCUAUGAAAAUGUAUGCGCCGAGACGUUAGACACAUUCUCCGAUUGCUUCGAUGAGCUGACAGAGAACGCUAGCAAGUUAAUUGGCACAUAUGAUGGGAAUCUGGGACAGGCACAAGGCAUCUAUGUGAUGAAUCGUCUAAUUCCCAACAGUUGGCUCAGUUCCCCGACAGCGAGUAAAUGGAUCUACAAACAUAGCGGGGAAUCUUUGCAUCAACUGUUGCAGCUGAAGAUUGGCAUGAUCCCUAAGAAGCACCCGUUAGACUUUAUGCAAUUGCCUUACUGA